GCUCCCAUAGAUUAGUUUGGUCCAUGACACUAGUAGAUGACUAAAUUCGGUGGGGCAAAAUGGUAGAUGUCAAUUAAUGACUCAGGAAUUCUAAUUUCCUAGUAAUUUCGUGGUGAUAGUUACAUGUGUGCUGCUCCUUGACUAUAGUCUUGACACGAGGAGAAUUAACUUGACACUCUUCCUUCUUUUUUCUCCUUCUAUCUUAGAAUAAUAACUAUUCCAUUUAGCACAAAAGAGAAGUAAAAUCCAUAUUUCCUUUUGGCUAUUUGCACGGCGCAUGUAAUUUUGCCUAUUUUAUCUCUCUAUCUUUCUGGACACAUACGCCGUGCGAUCUGGCCGCAGGAUGCAGGUCCAGCCAGCUGCGGAUACUACUGCUCUAAGUUAUUGGUUGAACUGGAGGUUCUUGCUUUGUGCAAUAUGGGUCGUGACACCAACGGUUACAGCAGUGAUCAUUUUAUGGAAAUAUGAACGAUCAGUUAAUGUCAAUCCAGAAUCUGAUGGAAGGGAGGAUUGUGAGAAAAGGUCUUGGCUUUUGUAUUUUGACAAAGCUUGGAGACCAUGUGUGAAAAGAAUAAACCCAAUUUGUUUGGCGGCUUUCCGAGUUUUUGCACUUGCUUUACUCACACUGGUGCUUGUCUCUGAUUUUGUUGUUCAUGGAAGUGACAUGAUGUACUAUUAUACUCAGUGGACAUUUGCUUUGACCACCAUCUAUUUCGGGUUUGGAUCAGUACUUUCAAUCUAUGGCUGUUACCGGUAUAACAAAGCAAACAGCGGUGUCAGCAAACUGCAGAUGGAUAUGGAGCAAGGGUUACGCGAGUCCCUUAUAAGCACAGACUAUAUGAAUGGAGUCAAGAUAGUGAACAAUGUGGAGUACAAGGGAAUACUUCUAGUUCCUGAAGUUGCUGGACGAUGUGGCUACCUCUUCCAGAUUCUUUUCCAGCUGGCUGCUGGAGCUGUGAUGCUCACUGACUCUGUUUACUGGUUCGUGAUCUUCCCAUUUCUUACGCUCAAAAACUACGAAUUUAACAUUUUCACUGUUGUUACGCAUUCGCUAAAUGCUGUCCUGCUCCUUGGUGAUGCAGCUCUGAAUUCCUUGCCGUUCCCUUGGUUCCGGAUGUCUUAUUUUGUCAUCUGGACUGGUGUUUAUGUCAUCUUCCAGUGGAUAGUUCAUGCCUCUGUAUUUUUUUGGUGGCCGUACCCCUUUCUUGACUUAUCAUUAAAAUAUUCUCCUGCGUGGUAUUUGUUGGUGGCUUUACUGCAUAUUCCGUGCUACGGAAUAUUUGCAUUAGUUGUUAGACUAAAACAUUAUGUGUUACGGAGAUGGUUCCCCCAAUCAUAGCAGUGUAUAAGAAAUUAUCAUCUCUAGUUGGUCACUUCUGAAGCCAAGGCAUCUCAUGUUCUUCAAAUGGUGAAGAUAGUGUUGUUUGAGUGCAUGAUCAGUGGGUUUCUGGGGCGGAUUUCCUGCAAAGUGUCAGCCAAGUGGGUAUUGAUUCAGUCAAGAACUAAAUCAGUAGCUAUCUUGUGAAAUACGAUGCGAACCUUCUUUUUAUCUGCACCUUGUCCACCCUGUAAUGCCUUGAAUGUUCAGCUGUAACAUUUUCUGGACACUAAAUUCAAUUGAUUCAAAAUUGUAUACCUUUCUGUUACAGGCAAAACCUGCUUAUUUUCUAAGAAUUUUGAUGGAUUUGUACACAAAGGAUGAGGCUUCAUUUUUUGCUUUUCGAAUAGAUGCCAACAUACAAUACUGCAUGAUAUAAUUACCAUAAAUCAAUAUUCAUAUUUUCCCCGACAUUUUACAAGGUCUGCACAGGCUAUUCAGCUAGGAUUUGGACAUGGAAACUUGGCGUCUUGUCUCAUUUGACCGAAUUACGCCAGACAAAUUGACCGGAACAAAAUUAUGAGCUAUGGCUGCACACAGAUUAUUCUAGCCGGAGACAGUUCAGACCACCUACCCUUAGUUACUAUGAUUAGUUUGCUCAGAGUUCUGUUGCAACUGGUUACAACAAAAUUAAGUUCUUUUUGGUGACUUAUUUUCAUUUAAUUUAAAAUUAUGCCUUUAAAUACAAACUCUGAUGGAUAGAUAGUUGGGGGCAUGAUAAAACUAUGCCUUCACUGCCAUAAAUUAGCAGGGCAUUCACUGAGGCUUGGUGGCCUAAAGCACAAGGCCUCAAUGUGCCUUGUGCUUUAGGCGCCGAUUGUUUGUGCUUUAGGCGUCCAUUGUAGCAAUCAGCAUGCAAAUUGACAUUCAAAAGCGUCAGCACCUUUUUUUAACAAA